GCAUAAUCAAAGUCAACAGUUCCUAUUCAAUUAAAAAGCCGGAUCAAAUGUUAUUGUGGAAAAAAUACCAUACAUUUUUGUUUUAAUUUAUUUGUAAAAAAUUAAAAUGCACACAAGUCAUCAAACUACCCGACAAUUUCUCCGGAAAACAAAACGCGGCAGCAUAUUGAAGGUAGUUCGAGAGCAUUAUUUGCGUGACGACUUGAGUUGCGGUUCGAAGUUAUGCAAAAUUUGUUUCGAACUAGCAAGUGAAAGAAAGUUAUCAAAGGAUCCAAACAUCCAAAGUACAUUAUUUCCAUUUCCGCAUUAUUUGGUUUUGGACACUAACGUAGUUAUUGAUCAAAUUGAUGUUUUUGAAGAAAAUAUCAUCUGCAAUGUAAUUAUCCUGACAACUGUUUUAGAUGAAGUGAAGAAUAAAAGCAGUGCUAUAUACAAACGGUUUCGUGACAUUAUUAAUUUCGACUCUAGAAAUUUUUAUGUGUUUGUAAAUGAACACCACAAAGAUACGUAUGUUGAAAGAAAGAAAGGUGAAACUACUAAUGACCGAAAUGAUAGAGCUAUUAGAAUUGCUACUAAGUGGUAUGAUAAUCACUUAAAAGAAUGCCAAAGUCAUGAAGAAACUAAAAAAGUAACCAGAGUUGUUCUCUUAACUGAUGACGCUGAUAAUCGUCGAAAAGCUGUAGAAGAAGGUAUUUUAGUUGCUUCCGUCGAGGAGUAUGUGCAAUCGCUGACAGAACAUCCAAAUCUCCUGGAUAAAAUAUCAAAAAAAAAUUAUGAAUUUGAGAGCAGUAAGAAAUCGCUUUUUCCACCUCAUUUGACUGUUAUGCAAAUCCACAAUGGUAUAAAAAAUUCAAAAUUUUUACAAGGAGCUUUUAUGGCUUCCAGAGAAAAUUAUCUAGAAGGACAUGUAAUGGUUGAAAAAUUUGAAAAGCCGGUGCUCAUACAAGGCAGAGAAAAUUUGAAUCGCGCUAUUGAUGGUGACACAGUUGCUAUUGAAAUAUUACCCGAAGACGAGUGGUCUGCACCAAGUGAAAUUGUACUUCAGGAAGAUGAAAACGAUCCUGGCGAUAUUUUAGAGGAAGAAGAAAAUAUUAUUGAUUCGCCUUCCAAAAAAAUCGCAAUUGAAAAAUCACCUACAGGUCGUAUAGUUGGUAUUAUUCGUCGAAAGUGGAGGCAAUAUUGUGGAAUUCUUCAGAGCAAUCCAAUCGAAGGUUCAACAAAACAUAUUUUUGUACCAGCUGACAGGAAAAUUCCUAAAGUGCGCGUUGAGACACGGCAAGCUCACAACUUGCUAAUGCAAAGAAUAAUAGUAGCUGUAGACUCUUGGCCACGACACUCACGAUACCCGCAUGGGCACUUUGUCAGAUCAUUAGGUCCAUUAGGCGACAUUGAAACUGAAAAUGAGGUCGUACUUUUAGAACAUGAUGUACCACAUAGUAAAUUUUCGGAUGAAGUUUUAAGUUUUUUACCUCAGUUACCGUGGACUAUAACCGAAGAAGAUUAUGCAAAACGUGUUGACUUACGUGACCUUUAUAUAUGUUCUGUUGAUCCACCUGGAUGUACUGAUAUUGAUGAUGCAUUACAUUGUCGUGAAAUUUCACCAAAUCUUUAUGAAGUUGGAGUUCAUAUAGCCGACGUAAGCCACUUUAUUAGACCAGGUAACGCUUUGGACCGAGAAGCAGCUCUACGAGGUACAACUGUUUAUUUGGUGGGCAAAAGGAUAGAUAUGGUUCCGGAUUUACUUAGUUCAAAUCUUUGUUCCUUACGCGGAAAUGUUGAACGUUUUGCAUUUUCCUGUAUUUGGGAAAUAGAUGGCGAUGCAAAUAUCAUAUCAAAAAGAUAUCAUAAAAGUGUCAUUAAAUCUAAGGCAGCAAUGACAUAUGAGCAAGCCCAAAUAAUUAUAGAUGAUAAAAAUCAAAAUGACGACAUUGCCAAAUCUUUGCGUAAUCUUAACAAGUUGGCAAAAAUACUGAAAAAGAAGAGACUAGAUAACGGUGCUUUAGUACUUGCAUCGCCGGAAAUUCGAUUUCAAGUAGACAGUGAAACACAUGAUCCAAUUGAUGUGGAAGCAAAACAGAUACGGGAAACAAAUUCUAUGGUAGAAGAAUUUAUGUUACUAGCAAAUGUAACGGUGGCGGAACAUAUAGAAAGAGAAUUUCCGGAGUGUGCUAUGCUAAGACGUCAUCCACGUCCAUCUCAAAGUAAUUUUGAUCCACUUAUUAAAGCAGGACGUAAUCAAGGAUUUGAAAUUCAUACGGAAUCUGGUAAAGCUUUAGCAAAUUCCUUAGACUUGGCCGUAAAAGAAGAUAACCCCUAUUUCAACACAAUGUUGAGAAUUCUGGCAACACGAUGUAUGAUGCAAGCGCUAUAUUUUAUAAGUGGUACGAUUCAAAGAGAAGAAUUUUUCCAUUAUGGCUUAGCUACUCCAAUAUAUACACACUUUACAUCUCCAAUUAGAAGAUAUGCUGAUAUAAUUGUGCACCGUUUGUUGGCAGCAUCAAUCGGAGCUGAUAGCACAUAUGCAGAAUUAUUAGAUAAAAAACAAAAUGCGAACUUGUGUCAAAAUUUGAAUUAUAGACAUCGUAUGGCACAAUAUGCAGGUCGUGCUUCUGUUGCCUUAAAUACACAUCUCUUCUUUCGUGGAAAAACACAGGAAGAGGAAGGGUAUGUUUUAUUUGUACGUAAAAAUGCUUUACAAAUUCUUAUACCGAAAUUUGGGUUGGAAGGAACGAUUUAUUUAAAUAAACCAAGUCAAGAAAAGGGAUCUUUAAACGAAGUGAAGGCUUUGUUUGUUUAUAAUGAAGAAGAACACACGCAAACAUGUGGAAAUGUUACUUUCCACUCCUUCGAUCCAGUUACUGUUAGGUUGAGUUUAGAUUCGUCAAAUGUUCAACACGAAAAAUUAGUUUUUCAAUUAGUUAAACCAUACAUUGAAGGUUUCAGUACCGUCCCAAUAGAUAGUGUAAUGCCCGAAGGGGAAUUACCAAUUGAAGCAAAUGUAUCCACAGAAAAAACUCAAAAACAAGAUGUCACCAAGAGGAAGAAAAUGUCAAAACUAGUAGCAAUGCAAACAGGAGAAAAUGAAGAGCCUCGUAAAAAGAGUAAAAAAGGGAAAUGAAAUAUUAUUGAAAUGAAUUGAUUAAUUUAAAAUUUUUAAAUAAAUAUA